CUUCUCUCUCUCUCUCUCUCUCUCUCUACACGGUGAAGGAACAUCCAUUUAAGCCUCGAGUGUGUGUAUAUAUAUAUAUAUAUCGACAGGCAACUAGAGUUGUACCUCAGUUAUAUAAAAUAGUUACAAUGCAAGCCAAGGUCCUAAGCGGAAACCAAUUCUCCAAGCUCCCUUCAAGCUACAUUCGUCGGGAAUCCGAUCGCCCGAGGCUUUCCCAAGUCUCUGAUUCUAACAACAUUCCCCUCGUCGAUUUGUCCAACCCACAUAAAACUCAAAUUGUGGAACAAAUAGGCCAUGCUUGCCGCGAAUACGGCUUCUUCCAGGUUGUGAAUCACGGUGUAUCGAGAAAACUUGUGGAUCAAGUGUUGAACGUGGCUCACGAGUUCUUUAACUUACCCGUAGAGGAAAAAUUGAAGUUGUAUUCAGACGAUCCAUCCAAAACAGUGAGACUGUCGACGAGUUUCAAUGUCAACAAGGAAAACGUGCAUAAUUGGAGGGAUUAUUUGAGGAUUCAUUGCUACCCAUUGGACAAGUUCGUCCCCGAAUGGCCUAACGCACCAUCGUCGUUUAAGGACACCGUGGGCGAGUAUUGCAAGGAAGUCCGAGGACUCGGGUUAAGGUUGCAAGAAGCCAUAUCGGAGAGCUUAAACCUCGAAAAAGACACGAUCAUAAACAUGCUCGGCGAACAGGGCCAGCACAUGGCCAUGAACUAUUACCCGGCGUGCCCCGAGCCCGACCUGACCUACGGAUUACCUGCACACACCGACCCUAACGCGCUCACCAUUCUCUUACAAGAUCAACAGGUGUCGGGACUUCAAGUCAAGCUCAAAGACGGCAAGUGGUUGGCAAUAAAACCGCAUCCGGAUGCCUUUGUUGUAAACAUCGGUGACCAAAUCCAGGCGUUGAGCAACGGGAAGUACAAAAGUGUCUGGCACCGUGCCGUCGUGAAUGCAGAUAGAGCAAGGGUCUCGGUGCCGACGUUCCUUUGCCCGAGCGAGAAUGCGACGAUAAACGCUCCCGGAGCGAUUAGGGGCGAAGGGGAGCCAGCCAUUUAUCGGGGAUUCACGUACGCCGAGUAUUACCAGAAGUUUUGGAGCCGGAAUCUCGAUCAGGAGCAUUGUUUGGAGCUGUUCAAGAAAUAGAUUUCUGAUCAAAACAAAAGGUCAUUUCAAAUAAUCGAAAUAAUUCAUUUCAGGUCGACAACGCUAACCUUCUACGACAUAGCAUUGUUCUUGCACGCUCGAGUCGAACAUAAUGCCUUAUAAACUUAGAUACCACCGAUGACAAA